UGCUUACCCACUUAAAAAGGAACCAUUUUUCUUCACUUUUUACUCAAAAACCAUGAAGGGUUUGCCUUGCUUCUCUCUAAUCUUCAUUGCUUUCUUGUUAUUCCCGAUACCCAUUUCGUCCCGACGCAUUUCUCAGCUAAAUUCACGUCGUGGCCACCACCACAAGGCGGCAGUCGACUCGGUCAGGGCGGUGGAAGCAGCGAAAGGGAAGUCGUACUGGCCCGUAACGAAGGCGGUGGCAGCGGCGGUGAUGGGGAGAAAAGGCCCGGAGACGGUUGAAGUAGCGGGGUCGAGCUUGCCGGAUUGUUCACAUGCUUGUGGCUCAUGCUCGCCGUGCAGGCUAGUGAUGAUAAGCUUUGUUUGUGCUACGCUUCAUGAGGCGGAGACAUGUCCAAUGGCUUAUAGGUGCAUGUGCAAUAACAAGUCAUAUCCUGUUCCUUGAUCCAAACCAUUUCAAACCCUUUUCUACACUGUAAAAAUAUAUUGACUGUUGCCCAUCUCUUGUUUCUGUUAGUUUUUUUACUGCCAGUUAGAGUUGUAAUCAGAGAGCUUUUCUACCAACUUUUUUGGUAACUUAUUAGGUA